AUGUCGCCCGCAAAGGUGACCACCAACGGUCAUGCCCGAAACGGCCAUGCGGAACCCGUCAAGGUGUUCGAGCUCUUGCUUGAGCAGGACGGCAGUCCCAACGAGCAGAGGUCCUACGUCAGGCUUCCCGCACCGGUGCGGCCCUACGUCCUCCGCUUCUCCAUCGAGGCCGGAUCCACCGCCUCAAGCGAUGCCUACCUCUGGACCAAUUACUCGAACAAGCUCGACACCUUCGAACGCACGACAUUCGAAAAGACUCCCUUUGCUUCGUCUGCGUCGUCAGCGAAUCAUGUUGAUCUUCUCAUCAAGUCGGCCGGUGUCUUCGAAUUUUACGUCGAAUACACCACUGAUCAGGAUGAACAACCCGAUGCCGACCUUUUCGAGGCCAAGGAGCACGCCCCCGGACGCAAGAGAGGCAAGAGCGGCCACUUCAACGUCGACCCCAUUCUCCAAGUAGCGGUUCGAAAGCCCAUCCUCAGCGAGAAUGGCAAGGCUCUCUCCGCAAAGGAGGGUGGCGGCGCUAUCACGACCAACAACGACUUCCUCGCCCUUGACGGUAUUGUCCUGCAGACCCUCGUCUCCAAAUGGGCUGGUCCUCUCUCGGAAUGGGGCGUCCAUCUCGACUCGGCUCGAGAUGCCGGUUACAACAUGAUCCACUUUCCACCUCUUAACGUACGUGGGGCCAGUAACAGCCCCUACUCGAUCGGCGACCAGCACGAUUUCUCCCACGAUCUUUACCCCAGGCAGCUGCAGGGUGACGACCAGAAAGCAGAACGCGUCAAGCAGCUCAAGACAGUACUACAUGACAUGAAGACCAAGCACGGUAUUCUCAGCAUGAGCGACGUCGUCUGGAACCAUACUGCGCAUAACAGCGAGUGGCUCAAUGAACACCCCGAUGCCGCCUACAGUCCUGCCAAUUCUCCACACCUUCAACCAGCCGAUGAGCUCGAGAAGGCACUUCUCGAGCUCAACAGCCGCUUGCAAGAUUACGGCGUCCCUGCCGAGCUCAAGUCCGACGCCGAUGUUGCCAAGCUCAUUGACGCAGUCAAGCAGCAUGCCAUCAGCCCUCUCAACCUCUGGCAGUACUACGCCAUCGAUGUCGCCGCCGCCAAGCAAAGCUUCCAGGCUGCCCUGUCGUCUGCCAAGUCCCAGUCCAGCUCAAAAGCAGCCUCACAAGCCAGCAGUCCCGCUCUCAAGGACGCUGCUGCCAAAAUCCGUGAAUCUGCUGUGCAGAACGAGAUGACCUUGGGGGGCCGAUUCGCGACGACUAUUGAUGCUCAGGAAGCAGCUCGAAUCUUCCAGUCCGAUUUCGGCCUGAGCGAUGUCGACGAAUCCAUUAGCUUCUUUACCAAGGUGAUCGACGAGGUCAAUGCCUCUUACUACGCUACUUACGACGACGAUGUCAAAGCAAUCCUCAGCAACCUCGAGGGUCGUCUCAAGUUCACACGACUCGACCCCAAUGGUCCGAAGCUCGGCAAGCUGUCUGAAGAGAGCCCCUUCUUCGAGCCUUACUUCACUCGCCUCGACCCCAAGCACCCAAGUGUGUCCGGCCGUGAUCCCAAGGAGCUCUCGCUGGCCAACAACGGCUGGAUCUGGGCGGCUAACCCGCUCGAAGACUUUGCUUCCAAUAAGUCGCGCGUCUACCUCAGGCGUGAACUUAUUGUCUGGGGAGACUGUGUCAAGCUCAGAUACGGCUCGGGCCCUAAAGAUUCGCCCUACCUCUGGAAGCACAUGGAGGAUUACACCAAGCUGCUUGCAGCCAACUUCGAUGCUGUUCGAAUUGACAAUUGCCACUCGACGCCAAUUCACGUCGGAGAGCACUUCCUCGAUGUUGCCAGAAGGGUCAACCCCAACCUCUACGUUUGCGCCGAACUCUUUACGGGUAGUGCCGAGAUGGACGUGCACUUUGUCAGCCGCCUCGGCAUCAACUCGCUCAUUCGCGAGAUGGAGAACGGUCACGACCCCAAGGAACAGAGCCGUCUGCUCUAUCGAUUCGGCGUCAACAAGCCCAUCGGUUCCGUGGAUGGUGCCUGCCUCUCUACUGCUGGCAAGAUUUCGCUGCCAGAGGCCAACCUGAAGGACGCCGAUUGCCUUGUUGAGCAGCUGAGCGGAUCCAGUCCUCAUGCGCUCUUCAUGGACGUGACCCACGACAACGAGACCCCCACAAUGAAGCGAACGACCGAGGACGCCAUCACCAUGGGUGCUCUUGUGGCAUUUUCUUGGUCCGCCAUCGGAAGCACCAAAGGUUUCGACGACCUCUACCCCAAGACGCUCGAUGUCGUGCAGGAAAGUCGCCUCUAUCGUCCCAUCAGCAACCCAGAGGAAAGCGGCAUCGGCGCUGUCAAGCGUGUCGUCAACCAUCUGCACGUCGAGAUGGUGCGCAACGGCUUCUCCGAAGGACACGUCCACCAGGAGAAUGAUUAUCUCGUCAUGCAUCGAGUCCACCCACAGACGCACAAAGGCUUCGUGUGUCUCGCACACACUGCUUUCCACAAGGGUUCUAAAGAUCGCGGGCAGGCUGGUCCGUUCAAGUUCGACCGAACACGCGUUCGAUACGUCCUCGGCAAGUCGCUCGAGGUAACCAGCACAGAGGCUGCCAACGAUGACAAGUAUCUCGAUGGUCUUUCUUCCAAGCUCGUUGACCUUGCCGAACCGGAGGUGCGCGUCACCCAAGACAGCGGCUGCCUGCGCUACUCCGAGAUCGUGGUGCCCGACUUCUUCCCUCCUGGUAGCGUGAUGCUUUUUGCCACCGAGUUGGAAGACAUCGACCACGACAUUGACUCGCAAUGCCUUUCGGGCGCAGAUGAGGCGAUGGCCAACCUGGAUCUCGUCGAUCUCAACGCCGUCCUCUACCGCGCUGAUGGCGAGGAGAAGGACGUCACUGAGGGGAACGACGGCGUCUAUACCAUCCCAGAAUGCGAGCCAAUGGUCUACUGUGGUCUUGAAGGGUGGAUGGCCGUGCUGCGUCCGAUCAUCAAGUCAAAUGAUCUCGGUCACCCGCUGUGCGGCCAUCUGCGCGACGGUACCUGGGCUCUCGACUAUGUGCACAAGAGGCUAGUCAAGCAACUCGACGUGCUACCUCAAUUGGCCGAACCGGCAAAGUGGCUGUCACAACGCUUUGACCUGAUCAAAGAUACUGCGCCGAACUUCAUGCGUCCCAAGUACUUUGCCUUGGUGAUCAAAGCAGCCUACGACGCUGCUGUCCGCAAGGCUCUCUCUCGCAUGUCUCCCGUUGUCAAGGAUGGUCACGACUUUAUCAAAGCGCUAGCCCUCUGCUCGGUGCAGAUGAAUGGCUUGGUCAAAUCAGCAUCGCUGUGGCCAGACAAGCAGGUGGCUUCGAUGGCCGCUGGUUUGCCUUUCUUCGCGGCUUCGUGGGCCAGACUGUGGGGCCGUGACGUGUUCAUCUCUCUCCGUGGUCUGUACCUCGUCACCGGAAUGUUUGAAGCUGCAAGAGAGCACAUUCUCGCCUUCGGGUCUACGCUCAAGCAUGGCAUGAUUCCAAACCUGCUCGACUCUGGCAAGACGCCGCGAUACAAUUGCCGAGACGGUCCAUGGUUCUUUGCACAGAACGUGCAGGACUACACCAAGAUGGUGCCCAACGGUGAAGCAAUCUUGACGGAGAAGGUCGCUCGACGCUUCCCGCUGGACGACGAGUGGGUUCCGUGGGACGAUCCCAAGGCCUUCGCCCACAAGAGCACGGUGGCUGAGCUCAUUCAGGAGAUCCUUCAACGCCAUGCGUCCGGCAUCCACUUCAGAGAACACAACGCUGGCCCAGCCAUCGACAAUGACAUGCAUCCCGAGGGCUUCAACAUCGAUGUCGAUGUGGACUGGGAGAGCGGUAUCAUCUUCGGUGGCAAUGAGCACAAUUGCGGAACAUGGCAGGACAAGAACGGAUCUUCCUCCAAGGCCGGCAACAAGGGUGUUCCUGGCUCGCCUCGCAACGGAGCCGCAAUCGAAAUUACUGCGCUCCUUAAAAGCACGCUGACCUGGGUUGCGCAGCUCGAGCAGAAGGGCGUUUGGAAAGAAGGCAAGGGCGUGGAGGCCACCAUCAAGGGUCAAAAGACGCUCGUGACCUACGCACAGUGGGCAGAGCUCUUGCAAAAGUCGUUCGAGCGAGCCUACUACAUUCCUGUGGAAGCUAGCGAGGACAGCUCGUACGAUCUUGACCCUAAGCUCGUCAACCGUCGAGGCAUCUACAAGGAUGUCUACGGCUCUUCCAAAGGUCGCGAGUGGGCCGACUAUCAGUUCCGCUCCAACUUCCCCAUCGCCAUGUGCGUUGCGCCCGAGCUCUUCGAGCCUGCGCAUGCCCGAAUCGCGCUCAACAAGGCCCGGGAGGUUCUUGUCGGACCUCUCGGAAUGAAGACGCUCGAUCCAUCAGACUGGAACUACCGUCCCAACUACAACCAGCUCGACACGGACGAUCCUGCCACGUCUUGCGGAUGGAACUACCACAAUGGUCCUGAAUGGGUGUGGCUGCGCGGCUACUAUCUGCGUGCUGUGGCCAUCUUUGGAGAAAAGGCAGGCGUGCAGCGUUCGGUGCUCAACCACCGCAUCAACAGCAUGAUGCUCGAACACCGAAAGCACAUCCGUUCGUCGCCGUGGGCAGGUCUACCCGAGCUCACCAAUGCGGACGGUGCUCACUGCCCGGAUUCGUGUGCUACUCAGGCAUGGAGUGCUGCAGCGCUCCUUGAUGCUCUCGAGGAGAUGGCCAAGUAG